AUGGCACUUCAAGAUAGCCGCAUCGCUUCUGCCAGCCUCUUCAAUGAGGGUGAUAGCGGCCAACAUGCGGACGUUCGCCCAGCCAUUUUUGUUCUGGACCCAAAUUACAGUGACGCCAUUUCGACUCUAAGCGCUGCCAACGACAUCGAUUUCGUCCUUCCCGGAGAUUCUCGCCGUCACAUAGACUACGAACAAGCAACAGUUCUUCUCUUGAGAAGUAAGACACAAAUCACAGCCGAAGACAUCAAGAGCUAUAAGAAGCUGGAGGCGAUCGUCAAACAAGGCGUUAGUACAGACAACAUCGAUCUAAGGGCAGCUGCGGAUGCUAGUGUUAAGGUAUUUAAUACACCAGGGUUGAAUUCUGAAACGGUCGCUGAACUGAGCAUCAGUAUGGCUCUGGCGCUCGCGAGAAGAAUCCCGAAGAUUGACAGGCGCAUUCGCUCUGGAGAGCCUAUCAUUCCGAGCCAAGCGCUUGGGGUCAGCUUGUACGGCAAGACACUCGGCCUAGUUGGCAUGGGCGCCAUUGCGAGUUCUUUAGCCAAGAAGUGGAUUGGUGGUAUGGACGGCCGAACUGCCGGAUAUGAUCCUUACUACAACGAGAAGAUGUGGUCCAGCUUUCCAGCGGACAAAGUCCGUCGUGUCUCCUUUUUGGAUGAGAUGCCGAAGGUAGCGGAUGUCGUAUCCAUACACGUCCCAUUGACCGAUACGACGAGAGACAUGAUCUCUACCCCUCAGCUGAACUUGAUGAAACCGAACGUGAUUCUCAUCAACGCUGCAAGAGGUGGCAUAGCGAAUGAGAAAGCUCUUGUCGAGACUCUCAAGGGCCGUAAACUGUUUGGAGUUGGUCUUGAUACAUUGGAGGUCGAACCACCAACCUUGCAGACCUGCAAGGAUCUUCUGAGCUUCCCUAAUGUUCUCGUUACACCGCACAUCGGAGCUUCGAUUAUUGAGAACCAAAGUCAAAGUGGCUUGGCGACUGUUGAGAUGGCACUCAGUCUGGCUCGUGGUCAAGAGUCGGGGAGUCGCGUUGUUUAG